AUGACUGGUGGAAUCCCGCGGUCGGAUGCCGCUUAUAUAGAUAGCGUUAAUGUGAAUGCAGCGAGCCCCUGUACUGUGCUGUGCAGGGAGGCCCACCCGAGAGUCUCGACUCUCGGCUGCUCCGAGAAUCCUGGGGGGAGCAAGAAUUGCCUUUCGGCCAACUCACAGCGGCCGCAUCUAAACUGUGAAAACCGUAGCUUAGGGGGUGGGGGGGAUGAAGUAGUGGAAGAGCGUAGGUCUAUAGAGGAGAAUGGGGAGAAGUUUAGGGAGGGGGGUAAAGAUAGAAAGGGGGAUAAAGAGGUUGGAGAAAGGAUAGUUGAAAGAGAGAGGAAGGAAGGGCUAAUGGUGGAUGCGGAAGUUCCGGAUGCUGAUCCGACGAUCUCGCAGUGUUAUGAGACAGAGAAAAUGGUGGGUAUUAAUCCGCAACGCUCGCGCAGCAUGGGCGACGUUAGGCCAGAGUGUGUGAAUACAUCCUCUGUUUUAUUGACAAAGGAGGUGGGAAAAGGAAACAAGGGAAGGAAUCAAAAGAGGGUUUCGGAUAGGAAUGGAAUGGAUAGUAAAAGAGAGAGAAGUCGGAGUGGAGGUAGCAGAAGAGGGAAAGGGAGUAGUCGAGAGGACAGUGAUAGGGAAAGGAGUAGGAAUACCAGAGGAGAGAGGGAAAAGAGUGGGAAAUCCGAGGAAGAAUCUGAAGUAGAGCUGGGAAGAAGAGCCAUGGCUAAGAAAAGGCCAAGCGGAACCGAUCAAAUAGUGGAUGCGUUAAAAGAAGGCAUCUCAGCAGCUUCCCCAAAAGUUAGUACAGCGGGGAGAGGGGGCUUACAUGGCCUGACGGCAACUGGACGAAAUACGGAUUUGGCACAGCGGGCCUCUUCCUCUAAGUUCUUUUGGAAGGCGCCGGGAGUGGCAAAUGCGGGUACUGAACUAACCAGCACCCCAGAUAGCUCAGAGCACGAUGAGGGGGGAACCAAGGCUCCCGGGAGAAGGAGAUCUAAAAGAAUUAGAAACAAAGUGGGCAAAAAGAAUGAAGAACGGAGUGAAGAGGAGAAAAAAGAAGGAAACAUAGAGGAGAUAGAAAUAGGGAAUGUAGGAGAAAAGAUCACCACAUAUGAGACAUUGACGUCGGGGAAUACCCGUAUCGAACGGCGUGUGGAUGGUUUUUUCAAUUACAGCUCGGAGAUCGGAAGUAAUCCCGAGAUGGAUGUAGAGGUGGCAAACCCCUCUAGGAGUGGGCUGCAAACCAGAUAUCAACGAGAGAAGGGACUGCAGCAAGGAGGAGAAACCGCAACGGCGGAGAAAAGUAGAGGAAAGGCUCAGGACCUCAUAGAUGUGGUCAUGUCCACAGUCCAAGGUGCAAGCGGAGUGAAGGAAGAGGACAGACAGGCCAUAAUCAAGGCGGCGCAGGGCCUCCACAGUUUGGUGGAGAAAUUGGUGGAGCUCACAGUCACGGAGGAAAACAGAAGGUUGAGAGCUAACAACGAGAGACUGGAGCAAGAACUUGCCCACAUGAGGAAGGAGAACCAGGCCUACAAACAGGCGUUUGAGAGGGCAGCUCGGGAAGCAAAGCCGGGGGGUCGGUCAGACAACGCAGAUGAGGCAUUGGAAAGGAUAGCGACUCCUCGCCCAGAUCCAGUUCCACCGAAGGAAUGGCAGGAGGCUUUCAAAGCUGAUCUGAUGAAUAGUAUGGGCCGGGUAAUUGGCGCCCGUAUUGAGGGGUUGAAAGGAAGGCUCCUGCCCGAGAUAAAUUUGGCACCCCCUCUUGAGGCAAGAAAGAGAGCAAAUGCCGCACCAAAAGAGACGCGUCCGGCAAAGGAAGUGCCUGCCACGGAUAGGGGGCCUGUGCAGGACAGUCCAGAGUCUGCACUAACCACAGAGCAGCCGGAGGAGGAGAGUUGGACCACGGUCGCCAAGCGGGGCAAGAGGACCAAGACCACGAAAGAAUCGGUACCGGCCCCAAAGCCACUGACGGAGGCAUCAUGGGAAGUUGACGGCAAAGGUCCCUCGCAGGCGCUGUGA